UUGAGUUAGCAUGCAUUUUCCGUUGGUUGCUCUUGUUCCCCUUGGAGUUCGGUUGGGGGAAGAGAGAGACGACACAGAAGAGCGCUUCCCGCGGCCAUGGCAGUGGCAAUCAGCUUCUGCUGCUGCUGCAAGCCUUCUCCAUUUCUCGGCAAAUUCCAACCCUCUUUUCAUUCUGGAAAAUCACAAUCCAGAGAAGUGAUUUUGAGUUCGGUUAGGGCGACUAGAAUUACUGCGCUAUUUUGGGGACCUAAGAAGGUCGCUGAGCCGCGAGAAAUGGAUUUUUCUUUGGGGGAUUUUACUUUGACAAGGCCAAGCCCAGAGGGAGUAUCAAGAAAUGAGGUGAAACCGAAAGUGGUAUCGCUUUCUGUUCUUUCUUCCAUCUCAGAGGUCUCAUCCGAUGGCUGGGAUGCGUGCGCUCUGGAUGCGACGGGCCCAGAAAAAUUAAAUCCGUCUCUUACGCACGGCUUUCUUUCAAGCUUGGAGGAGUCUGGUUCUGCAGUGAAGGAAACAGGAUGGAUGCCUCGUCACAUCGUUGCUAAGGAUGAAAGUGAAAACAUUCUAGGCGUUGUUCCACUCUACCUUAAAAGCCACUCCUAUGGCGAAUUUGUGUUUGAUCAUUCUUGGGCUGAUGCGUACCAUAGUUUUGGGUCAAGAUAUUAUCCGAAGCUACAAUGUUGUGUACCAUUUACUCCAGUUACAGGUCCAAGGAUUUUAGUCCGUAAUACCUCAUUCAGAGAUCAACUGUUUGAAAUUAUGGUCUCUGCUUUGAUGGAUCUUACAGCCAAGUUCCAGGUAUCAUCAUUGCACAUUACAUUUUCAUCUGAAAAUGAGUGGCUCAAAUUGAGUGAAAAAGGAUUUCUGCCGAGGAUUGGAAUGCAAUACCAUUGGCAAAACCGUAACUAUAAAAGUUUUGACGAGUUCUUAAUGGAUAUGAAGCAAAGUAAAAGGAAAAAUAUACGCCAAGAAAGGAAAAAGAUUUUGCAGCAGAAUUUGACCAUGAAACGGCUCCAGGGUCAUGAAAUAAAGGCUAGUCACUGGGAUUCCUUCUAUAGGUUCUACAGAAACACAACAGAUAACAAGUGGGGGAGUCCUUAUCUAACUAGGGAUUUCUUUCACAUCAUGGCAUCAAAGAUGGGAGAUCAGGUUCUGCUUGUAGUCGCUGAGGAAGGGGACGAACUCGUUGCAGGAGCUCUUAAUCUUAUCGGAGGAGAUACUUUGUUUGGGCGCCUAUGGGGAUGUCACCCACGAACAUACUAUCCAAGCUUGCAUUUUGAAGCUUGCUAUUACCAGGCUAUAGAAGCUGCUAUAGAACUUAAUCUCAAAACAGUAGAGGCAGGAGCCCAGGGUGAGCACAAGAUUCAGCGUGGCUAUCUGCCUGUGACAACUUAUAGCUGCCAUUACCUAAUGAAUGAAGGUUUCAGGAUAGCCAUACAAGAUUUUCUAGAGCGUGAAGCAGCUCAGGUUAAGCUUGUCAUGAAACUGUUGCAUGAUUCUGGUCCUUUCAAGGAAGGUAUACAUUAACACUACCAGCUAUGUUCCACAAUUGUAAAUAUCUCUUGGAACUAGUUUGUUAAGCCGACUCUAAUUAAGUUGGAAUUAAGACUUGUUGUUGUAUUGUUGUAUUGUACUGAUAAUAGUGAUGCAAACUAGUUUGUUAGCGCGGGUCAAAUCCUAUUAAAAAACUGAUAUCAUAUGUUGUAAAGUUUUUGUUUACAA